ACAACACAAAAACCCAUCUCUCAAAACCAUCACUUUCUCUCUCUAAUGGCGUCUCCUAAAACCCAUCAAAACCAAGAACCCACUUUCCACGACUUCUUCCCGGCGAUGGCCGGAAAACUCGGAGGAGAAGGUCUCAUCGACGAGCUCUGCAAAGGCUUCGAGCUACUCAUGGACAGAGACAAAGGUGUCAUCACUUUCCAGAGCUUACGGCGAAACGCGUCGACGGUUCUUGGACUAGGAGACUUGACUGAUGAAGAUGUAAGGUGUAUGAUCAACGAAGGGGAUUUCGACCAAGACGGUGCGUUGAGUCAGAUGGAGUUUUGUGUGCUCAUGUUUAGGCUUAGCCCUGAGUUGAUGGAGGCGUCACGGUGUGUUGUCACUGAGGCCAUCGAGGAGGAGUUUGGUGUUCGAACGCACCGGCGUUGAUCAGAGAGAACCUCAUCUUUCUGUCAGAGACUUUAACUAAUUUGUUUUUUUUGUACUAUUUAAAUUCUUUUUGACCAAUUGCUCUUAUUAUGUUCUUUCUAUGCUCCCUUUACAUUAUUGUUGCAGUUCGUAUAAAUUGUUGGAUAUAUUAUAAUAAACUAAUAUGGUAAAUCAUUGAGACCAAAAGAUAUAUAUUUAUACCAAAUGCAAAUUCUUUUCUUCAGUCUUUUUCCCUCCUUGGAUGAUUUAUUAGUUUAGGGUAUGGGCCGUGUGGCAUGUGAAAGUUGAUAAAUCAACACUACAAUAACAUAAUUGUCUUUCC